AUGGUUAAGCCUCGCUCCUCACUCCGUGAUCUAGUCGUUGAACGCAUGAUCGACGGCUUACAGACCAAUAACAUGAUGAAGGCCGUAGCGGCAGGGAUCGAGGUCGUCGAACACUACGACGGGUGCUUCUCCGAUGACAACGCGGAGAAGAACGUGGGCCUGCGCCUGACGCUGGCCAAUCUGCUGGUCAGCGUGCGCAGGGCGCCGGGUGAUCUCGCCCUCUCAGCGCGGCUCAACCGAAAGUCUUUGACGAUGCUGCCCCCCAGCAUGGAUAACCAGAGGUUCAGGAUUAACUCCGACCUCUCCGCUACGUUGUCCAGUCUCGCCCAGGAGGGAGGGGCGCUCGAACCGGGCGCCGAGGUCACGGUGUCCGGGCUCAAGGCCAGACCCGAGCUCAACGGCGGCACCGGUACGAUCGUCGUGUGGUACCCGGACCGGGGGCGAUACGCGGUCAAGGUGGGCGAUGCCGAGGAGGUGGCGCUCAAGCCGAUCAACGUGGGCCAGACCGCCGAGAUGUUCGACGAGGCUUACCUGGCGCGCGUGAGGGAGGCGACGGACAUCGCCAAGGCUCUCGACCCCGACGCGGGGGGACAGGAGGAGACCUACCCCAACGAGCUCAGGGAACUCAAAUGUGAGGCCUUGGAGAAAGCUUACACCGCACUCGACGCCUUCACGCGGGUGCGCACGCACGGCGCCGGUGACGACGUCAGCGUGAAGGCGACGUCGGCGGAGAGAUACGUAAAGGUACACGACGACGAGCGGUUCUCGGGUCUGAAGAUCGAGAUAUGCGAGGCGUUGGACGGCGCCGCGUUUAAGCCGGCUGAACAGGUGCAGGCGCGGUACAACUGGGGCGCUGCGCUGUGCAGGGCUGGGAGGAUCGAGGAAGGUAAGGAGAGGUACGAACAGGCUCUAGAAAUGUUGACAAAUCCCGGAGCCUCGGGCGCAGAGCGACUGAGAAAGGACAUUUCAGGGUCGAUCCUGCUCUGCGAUAGGCAGAUCUCGGGGGAGCAGCCGAGGACGGGGGCGUUCAUCGAGUUGGCCACCGGUGAUGGACCACGGUAUGCACGGGUGGUGAACGGCGGCGAGAGGAAGGAGUGA